AUGCAGAACAGCGCGACGGGGAUCAGGAAGAUCCCGCCGUUUAUGAAGGAGCUGGAGGAGGCGUACAACAUAUGUCACAGUGGAGGAAACGUCAUCGAAAAGUGCUUCUUCGCCAAGGAGGUGAAGAGGAGCAUAAACAAGCGGGAGGUGCACAUGUACCAGCUGUGUAUCAUUCACUACCAGAUCAGCAAUAAGGAAAAGAUUUACAAAAUGUCAUGCAUCGAAGAGGAUCUAGACAUGAGCAACACCUUCUAUGAUGGGGAGUUAAAAAUGUACAUGUCGAAAGACGGCAGUGUAGGAUGCUUAUUUUGUAAUGACGAGAAAAAAAGGAGAAUCGAUUUAUUUAAAAAUGAAACAAAAAACGGGAAAUUCUACGUCACCUGUAUGAACAACGUACCGAUAGGUACAGACACACAUAGGCGGUUCUUCAUGCAUGAAUCGUUUUGCUCGUUCAAUGCCAGCAAGACGCUGAUGAUUUACAGUGCCGAAAGUGAUGACAUGAAGUUGAAGAAGGAGAGUAGCUUUAUGCAAAAGAGAGACCUCGAAAUUUUAAAAAAAAUUAACAAUCAGAUUUAUACCGAAACGUUUGGAGAGCAGUUCGACUAUUCCUUCUUCAAUCUGUUUGUGUACAAUUUGAUGGACAAUACGGUUAAGUACGUAACUGUGAAGGACGUGUCGGGGUGUUAUUAUAGUCCGCAGUUUAUUGACGACACUUCUUUUGUGUGCCUCUCUUACCGGACCAUUCCUUACCGACUAGGGAUAUAUGCCUUUAAUGUUAGACCCAACGAUCUGUACCUGUGCACGCUGAACGACUCGGAUGUAGAGCCCUGUGAUGGGAGAGAUGGGGGAAGAAAAGGGGGUGCAAUUCCCGGUGGUGGAACUCCCGGUGGGGGCGGCCCUUGCCAGGCGAGUGAACGCAAUCGGAAGAAUCACAUUCGGUGCGCCUAUGCCAAAUUGUCCGGAAAAAAUUUCAAACAUACAGCUUCGCCACUCGUAAUUAGACACGACGAUUCCUGCGUCUUUGUGGCCUGUCUGGUCGUUCUUGCUAAAAAUGACGAGUCGAAGCAGCACUUAAUGGAGUACAGCCUGGUACUGAUAAAGCUGGUGAAGGAGGACGCCAACGCGCGGGCGAAGAGAAAUCGGGGAAGCGUACCACAGGAGGAGAAGCACGAGGUGGAGGUGGAGAGCGGUUUCUACUCCAGUGAGGAGGACAGUGACGGGACGAAUGAGUUGGAGCAGGCGGGCAAUGCUACAACUGUAGCCACAACAGGGGGGGGGACGCCCAGCCAUCCCGCCAGUACUGCUACCAUUUCCCCGAGUCAAGAUGACAUAUGCAACUAUAAGAAGGCAGAAACCGAUGUGAUCAUUCGAGAGGGCAGCUAUACUCCAUUUUUCCGUGGGCUGUACACGAACGAAAUAAAGGGGUGCUGCUACCCAUACCUCUUCCUAAACACAAUCUUCUAUUGCAGCAAGAUUGCCAUCGCUGUGCAUAUGUUUACGAAGAAGAUACAUCGAAUUCUAAUACAUAACAUUUACAGCCAAAAUGAUAUGAACACAAGUAUGGAAAUUAUGUGUAUGAAGGAGAACAACCUGCUGGUGAGUAUCCGAAAUAUGCUUCUUAACGACGUGCUGGUGUAUUGCCUAUUCAACGAAUCGGACAUAAGUGGAGACUACGUAUAUCUGACGAACGUACGCAGUUAUAACUUAGACUUUACGGCGUACGAAACGAUUAAGAAGAAGCAGACGAGCAUCAUUUAUGCCAAUGUAAACGACAUGUCGGAGAAGCUGUUCUUGUUGUUGAGCCAAAUGGAAACAUCUCUAUUCAAUGAGAAGCAUCCAUAUAUUAGGAGAAAAGAUGCGACUUUUAACAUGCUAUACGAGAGUGAAUCCGAAUUUCAAUAUGAUGUGCAGAAGAGGGGACUACAUAUGCCAAACUUUAAUCUGUUUAAUGAGAAACAUAAAAGGAACCUAAUUUUGUACAUCCAUGGGGGACCCUACUCGAUUUGUCUCAAUGAGUACAGAAGUGUCUUCAUUUUUUUUGCCGCCUGCGGAUUUGACGUCCUUUGCGUUAACUACAUUGGGUCGCUAGGAUUCUCUGACAAACCGAAUGUUCUAAAUGGCCACGUAAAUUCUAUCGAAAUUAAGGACAUCAUAGAUACGUUUAAGAACUUCUACAAUUAUUUUGGCGACUAUGAGAAUGUCUAUCUGUAUGGUGGAUCCUACGGUGGCUUCGCCUCGUGUGCAAUUUUAACAAAGUCCAACCUGUUUAGAAGCUGCUGCGUGAUUAAUGGGAUAUACGAGUGGGUUCUUUCCGCUCACUCCAGUGAUGUUCCUGAUUAUUUCUUAAACUUAUGUUUGAACAAGCCUGCAGAAUAUGACUGCUUUUUUAGUAAGUGUGACUAUUCCAGUAUGUACGAGAUGUCUCCGUUGCACUAUGUGCAGAAUAUCUCCACGCCCAUCUUGAUUGUUGCGUCCAAGGAUGACUUGCGUGUCUCCCACCACAACAGCCUCUGCCUCUACAAGCGCCUGCGCGCGCUUAAGAAGAAAUGCAAGCUCUUCCUCUUCGACGACUGCACGCACUCGAUUAAGAACAGGUCCUGCGAGGAGACCCUCCUCAUGAAUGUCAUCCUCUGGUUUUACGACUACGACGAUAGGAAGAAGCGAUAG